AUGGCGCACCGCGCGGGCGGGCGGGCGCUGGCCCUGCUGCGGGGCCGCCUGCGCCUCCCCGCCUCGGCGGCCGCCGGCGACUGCUCGGGCCGCCGGUGCGCGCGGCUCGGCUCCACCGGCGCCGCCGUGCAGAGGGCGCCGCAGGCGGCCGGCGCUGAGGAGGCAGAUGCUGAGGUCAAUACCAGAAAGAAGACUUUCACAGAAGUUCAGAUAGAACGACUGGAGCAAGCAGAAAGGACUAUUUUAAUUAAAUGUCCACCAAAAAUUAAUGAGAAAAAAUUAUUGCAGUAUUUGUCCAGUCAUGGAAAAAUUAACAGUCACUUCUUUUUUGAAAAUCGUGGUAUCCAUGCCGUAAUAGAAUUUUCUGAAAAGAACAGUAUAGCCUCAUUGCAGGAUGUUAUUGGAAUCCCAAAUGCUGCAGAACAUCAUGUUGUUCCAUUUAAAUCUAGACUUUUUACUUUCAUGCUGAAAAACCCAGUCGGUCAAGCUGCUCCUGAGACACCAAUUCACCUCUCUCCUCAGUCUCACAUUCCAGUGAAAGACCUUAUUCAAAAGCUUUGUGGUGCUGACAAUAUAAGCAGUCAGAUGUACACUUUACUGAAUGAGUAUCAGCUUACAGAAGAAAAUAUCAAGCUUCGAUUUCUGGCCUGUUCCCUGGUUCGGGACUUCGCACGUGCAUAUUUUCCAGACAGCGUGGUAAAGCCAUUUGGCUCUUCAGUGAACACCUUCGGCAAACUGGGAUGUGAUGUGGACAUGUUUCUGGACUUUAAUGAAACAAGAAAGCACACUACAAAAAUGAAAAAAGGUCCCUUUGAAAUGGAGUAUCAGAUGAAAAGAUUACCAUCCGAAAGACUGGCGACUCAGAAAAUUCUGUCUGUGAUUGGCGAUUGCCUUGAUCAUUUUGGUCCUGGAUGCGUGAGUGUGCAGAAGAUCCUCAACGCUCGCUGCCCGCUGGUGAAAUUUUCCCAUCAGCCAACAGGAUUUCAGUGUGAUCUGUCAGUGAGCAAUAGCAUUGCUAUAAAAAGUUCAGAACUCUUGUAUAUCUAUGGUUGUCUUGAUUCCCGUGUAAGAGCACUAGUGUUCAGUAUACGAUGUUGGGCCCGUGUACAUGGACUUACAAAUAGCGUUCCUGGUGCUUGGAUUACAAACUUCUCUCUAACAAUGAUGGUCCUGUUUUUUCUGCAAAAGAGAUCACCGCCUAUCAUUCCAACAGUGGACCGUCUUAGAGAACUAGCAGAUGAAGACGACAAGCACGUAAUUGGACGUUAUGAUUGCUCGUUUGUUAGUGACUUAAGGAAGAUUAACUCUACAAAAAACACAGAAACACUUGAUGUAUUGCUGCGUGACUUUUUUGAAUAUUUUGGAAACUUUGAUUUCAGAAAGAAUUCCAUAAAUCUUCGAAAGGGAAAGGAAAUAAAUAAACCUGAGUCGUCUCCUCUUUAUAUCUGGAAUCCUUUUGAACAAGACCUUAAUAUCAGCAAGAAUGUUAAUCAGCCACAGCUGGAGAAGUUUGUUGCUUUGGCCAGAGAAAGUGCCUGGAUAUUAGAGAAAGAAGAUAGAACUCAGCGAAUGGUCAAUAAAGAGCCCUGGGGACUGGCAGCUCUACUGAUACCAUUUGGAAAAAGUAAUCCCAACAAGAUCAAGAAUAGAAUGAAGGGAAUAGGAAGUGAAACAAUCAAAAGCCUCUUGGACUCUUUAAAGUUAAGUAGUGAACAGUCUACAAAAAGCAGUGGGAAAAUGACUUUCAGUGUGGAAACACAGUGGCUGCUAUUCUGUUUUAGGAAUUGAAUGUGACACAGUCUGAAGGACAUUAACAUUUCUCUUAUGGUGAAGCGGAGAGUCAAAUGACUUCUGUUUUCUAUUGCCAUGCUUUCUGUACGUCUGCUUUGCUUCUCUAUACUUCAUCUCCUCCUUACUCGUUUUUCCAUCUGUUCUGUGAGUGAAGAACAUUCAAAUGCAAGUUUUACAGAUACCUUUUGGAAUUAGCCUGCAGUUGGGCAUAGUUUUUAGCAAAAAUACAAAUAGAAGGAGCAUGGGAAAAAGCUUUUGGGAAUUCUGUUGGCUAACGCACGAAUGAUGUGCUAAGCAAAAGCUCCAGAAGCAACCACCUUUCAAUGAAACCGCAGUUUAAAAGAUGACAAAUGUUAGUACUGUUACUUCCAUUGCAGGCACAUUCUGGGAGCCAGUAAAACCAAAGUGUAUGUGUCUAUUUUUGUAAUUGUUUUUCACUUGUGUAGACAGUGCCAAGAUACAAUAAAGAGGAUGGAAUUGGUAGCAGGGUUUGCAGUUUCAUAAAGCAUUACUCUCCAGGGAUUCUGCAACUGUUUCAUGUUGGAAAAGUGGGUGUGCUAUUGUGUAUGCCACCUGUUCUCAAACUUCUUCAAUCUGAUCUUUAUUAUGUGAGUAUCCAGAGGACUGGUUCCCACUCGCACAUUAUUAUACACACCUCUGUCAUCUUGCCUUCAACUUCACUUUAAACUGAUAUUUUGCAUUCCAAAUGGCUUUUGCAGCCACUUUUUUUGCCUCAUCUCUCUCUGUCCCUUGCAGAGAUCCAUAGGGGAUCACCUGUCAUCCUUGAAACUGGUCCCCAGUCCUGCCGCCUUUUUCAGAUAGUAAGCAGAGUGCUGCCUGUCACCUCUCCCAGAUUGGCCUGACCAUUAGAGUCAAUAUUUCUCCUUGGCUCAAAGGUACUAUUGACUUCUCAGUGUGUCUACCACAGGAGAGUGUGUUUUGGAGGGAAUAAAGUCAGAUGGAAAGGGAAAUGGAGAGCAGAGACAAAUGACAGACACAUUCUAGGUAGACUUGUAAGUCUCUUGUUUGCCCGGUUUAUAGCCACUUAUAUGCCCUAAAACUUUGCAACUGUGGUUUGAACAAAUACCUGUUCAACAGGUAUUCGUUCUCUCAGUGUCGUUCGACAAUGACUGUUGUCAUUACUGUUAAAGAGAAGUUCAGUACAAUAAAUUACAAUAACUCAGAGAACAUCAUACAGAUGCAGUAUUGAUGUUCAUAAUUAGUUUAAUUUUCAGUAUUUUUAGAUUUUUGUGUGUGUGCUGCAGUGGUAUAUAAUUUUGUGUGGAAUUCCUUUCUGUUCAUGUAGUCUGAACUAGUAUAUUAGUAUUAAAGUUGCAAAGGGUGUUUUCGCUUUUUUCCUGAAGUAUACUUACUGGAAAAAAUGUGAGAGUAAUGCGUACUUCCAAAGCACGUAUGUAAAAUUUUGUUCCUCCCUCUGGGCAAGGAAAUAGCAGCAGUUAAUACUCUAAACUGUUAAACCUCGAGUGACUUGAAGACUCUCUGUCAGAUCAACUCCAUAUUAAUUUAUUUAGGUUUUAAAAUCAUAUGCUUGUAUUUCUUAUUCAUAAAUGUUUUAUCAAAGGAAUGACUUGCAUAUUCGUUAUCUUGGUCAUAGGAAUUAAUUCUUAUAUUAACUUCUUUAAGAUGGAGCCUUGCAAUUCAGUUUCAAAAUCUCUGUGCUAGUGAGUGAACAACUUGGUAGCUGAUAUGAAAUUUGUUGUAACUUACUGGCAUUAAACCAAACUUCUUGGCACCAAGCUAGGUACUAAUGCUAUAAGGAGCCUUGAUUUUUAUAGAAUCUAGAGAGAUGUUUUCUCCAGUAAUAGCUAUUCCAGCUAUUAAGGUGCUACUUGAUUACUUUGUUUUUUUCCUUGUUAAAUAGAAUGGGUAACAUUGCAAUGCAGUAAUAAGAAAAUGGCACACACCAGAAUUGUGACAGUAUAUACUUGCUUCUCAGAGUAUAUAUGCAUUGGUUCACACUGAUCUAGAUAGGAAAGAUAUGAUAAUUUUGACACUGAGACACAAGAUACAUGUAGUCUAAGAUCACUAAACUUAAGGCAGUCGAGCCACUGUGAAACAUAUGUCUUUGGUCAAAAUGCCUCAGAUGUAAAUUUGCAUAGGCAUUCCAGCUGUUUAGUAUUCCUUAAAAGGGAGGACAGAGCAUGGUUACUGUAUAUGCAGAGCCUGUUUAGCAUCACAGUGUUUGUCUAUUUAAACCCUGUGUCCCUUUUGGGAAUAGGUUUGAGCAACUAUUGCGGCUGCAGGCUGAUUGUAGGAAAGAAAAGAUAGAAGUCAAAAGCAUUGUAGCAAAUAAAACACGCAGGUGAUUGUUUUAAGUAUCUAUAAGUCCAGGGAGCUGAAGGCCAGCUGCUGAUUACUGUUCUCUGCUCUCAGCUGGUCCUGCAAGUCUGUAGGCUUCAUCAUUUUUGGUGUUAUAAACGCCAGCCUGGUGGAUUUCAUAGAGGAAGCUGCUAGCUGUGGGUGGAGAGCAGAUUGUAAGCGUCCCCUGAACAUCAGUUGUGCCUGAGAAAAGAGCUAUGUAACAUUGCUAGGACUGAAGCCACCUGUGGGAAGAGAACCAGACAGGGAAGAAGUGGACCAAGGUGUGAGGAGGCGAGUGACUGUCUAGCCAAACAAGGGAGACAGUGUGAUCAUGACUUCCUGAGGGUGUAAGCCUUCUCACGCUGAAGAUAGCUAGGAACAAUCCGUCUUGCCAAUACUGUUCUGUCAGUAGAAACAAGAGUUGGAUGUUUGUCAAGAAAGGAGCAUGGAGAUGGUCUGUACUUGAGAGCUUGCUAAUGACAUGAAAAUAAUGUCUCAGCAAGAGUGAGGCAGUGAACUAAUUACUUCUUAGAAGUUCAGUAAGAGCCGUUGUGAGACAAGGUUAACAUGACAGAAGAGCAACAGAAAAUACAUCCAUGGCAUCACAGUGGAGCAUAGUGCACAAAUCUGAACUACUCUUGGGUGUGCUGGCGCCUUUAUAGAGCUGCACAGCACCAUGCAGAGACACUAGUUCAGGUGUGGAAGCAGCAGAGCUCUGUAAAUAUGACAUUAUACCUUAUCAGGAUAGGGCACAGCAGAGUUGUUAGACUUGGAUUUAGCACCAUACUGAUGUUGUUUUACCUUUGAGUCUACAGCAGUCAAACUCUCAGCUGCAGCGCAGCUAUACUCACUGCUCAUGAUGGGUCUGUAUUUCAAGAGGAACCAUGUUUUUUUUUUUUUUUUUAGCAAUAUGUCUUUGUUCUUACAAUUUUAAUUUGCAAGCUCAAUUUAGUUUAUAUUGGGGGUUUGGGCUAUGUUUUUACUUCACAGAUUUUUUUGUGUGUGUGUUUGGAAAAAGAAAGACAAAGAAUUUUUAUUUAAAUUUUGGCAACAAACUAUUUAAAUGUCUCUGCUGAGUUCACCUCAAGCUCAACUCGGAAAUCCUCAAGCAAGCCUUGGAUUUUGAGCUUGAGCUGCUUUGGCGAUCUGAUAAAUCAACAAUUAACAAGUUUCACAAAGUGAAAUCAUCCUGUUGACUGGAAACCCGUGUCUUCCAAAAGAUUUGUCUUGCUCAUCACAGAAUUACCACUGAAGUUCUCAUACAGAAUUGGUCUGCACAUCCUGGGCCUCCUGAUCUGAUAUCCUGCUGGGUUUGUUUAAAACAAAGACUAGGAUUUAUGUAAAUAGCUUGUGCCUAGAGAUAAUACCUCUCCUUUGAUAUGAUUCACAUUGCCCUCUUAUGCUGAUCCACUGCUUUGUCUCUAAGACCUUCUGGUUCCACGAGGGUUUGGUAUUGCAUGUUGAAUUGUGGGACAGGGGUUGUGGGUUUAAGCACGGCAGUCCUUUCAGUACCCUGCGUACUGAAGUCUGUGCCCAUAGUUCUGUAGCUGUCUCACAUUUUGCAACUGGUCGGUAAUUUGAGCUGGAUGUCAUAUCAAGUGAUUCAGAAGUUAAUUGUCUUUGCUACUCUGCAGUAAAUAAUGGUAAAUAGUUCCCUGUAUCCAAUGGGCAACUUGUUUGAUCUGAAUAUAGAAAUCCUUAAUUAAAAGUGGUAUUUUAAGCUAUUUAAAUCCUUCUUUAGCAUUUAGUAUCACUGUUAGAAUGCAGUACUAUCUGGCAUACUUGCUCUGGGAGAUGGGUUUGCAGUAGAUAUGCAUAUGCAUUUCUUCUAAUUAAUUCUUUGUGGAAUAUCUGUAUUCAGUGCUAUUGGUUUGAUAGAGUUCCCUUCCCCUCUGCUUAUUUCGUCUAUACUCCUUCUUUUCUCAUCUGAUUUGAUCUGUAAAAAAGUAGUUGAUUUGGCCAUAGUGUUUUGUGGAGCAGUGGUGAAUACAGCUACAUCUAAGAAAUGAGUUCUUUUUAAGACAUGGUGCUGUCAUUGCAGUGCAAUAUAUGGCUUAAUUUCUUGUGUGGAGAGUCUCUCUUUCAUAUUGCCUUUUCAGUGGCUUAUACAGUGAUCAAGUUAGCUGGACUUGAUGGGUCACACCAAUACUGAGCAAGUGUUUUAAGAAGUCUAUUCUGUUUUCUAAUAUUACAAGUUUCUUAAAUAAAGUUCCAUGGAAACUU